AUGACCGAUUCAGAUACAUCCUCUUCCCCAAAUCCAUCACCUAAACGCACCACCAUGGCAGACCAACAGAAGAAUCGAUCUUUUCAACAAGAUAUGCUUGAUCCAUAUUAUAAGCAUCCCAGUGACAAUCUUGGGUUAACCAUUGUUACCCCUCCUCUUAACAACAACAAUUUCAAUUCUUGGUCAAGAUCUUUGAAGCUCGCACUCAUGUCAAAGAACAAAUUACGGUUCAUUGAUGGAACCCUAAUUCUCCCUGCAGCCACCAAUCCUAAUUUUGUUCUCUGGAAUCGCUGCAACAACAUGGUCAUGGCAUGGAUUACAAACUCCAUAGACAAAGAUAUCUCUGAAAGCGUUCUUUGGAUCGAUUCAGCCAAAGAAAUUUGGGACGAACUCCAUGAAAGAUACCAUCAAGGCGACAUUUUUCGUAUCUCCGAUCUUCAAGAAGAAAUUUAUGCCCAAAAGCAAGGUGACCAAUCUAUUACUCAAUACUUCACCACACUGAAAAAGUUAUGGCAAGAAUUUGAUAAUUUCAGACCUUUACCAAGUUGCCAAUGUGAACCUGUGUGUCACUGCAACCUCUUACCUACCAUCAAAACAUAUCGUGACAACGACUAUGUCAUCCUUUUUCUCAAAGGACUCAACGACCAAUAUGCUCCUGUAAGGUCUCAAAUCAUGCUCAUGAGUCCUCUCCCCAAUGUCAACAAAGUAUUCUCUAUGCUCAUUCAACAAGAACGACAAACAUCCACUCCUGUUCCAGACGAAAAGCUCAUAGCUCAAGUCCAACAGCAACAAUCCUCGAAAGGGCGUCCAAGUGAAGCUAACACAAAACCUCCCUACAACCCAAAAUCAAAAGGAAUAAAAAUCUGCACAUAUUGCAACAAACCGGGUCAUACAAUUGAGGUUUGCUUCAAAAAGCAUGGACUCCCACCUUAUCUCAAAAAGGCCAACAUUGCUUUGGCUGCCUCUGAUGAUUCAAACACUGAAGAAGGUAACUCUGCUGCAUCUGAGGAUACAACUGACUCGUUCACUUUUACUGCUGAACAACAAAGAGCCCUUCUAGCAUUGAUUCAGCAAACUACUGCAUCCCCUGCACCCAACAUCCAACACCUUCAAACUAGCACUGCUACACAUUAA